AUGACUAACGAACGAAUAAAAAAAUUAGAAGAAGAAAAACAAACUCUCGAAACUAAACUCCAAAAUACUCGCCGGGAAUUAGAUCAGUUAAAAGAAGAAGUAAAAAAAAACAAAGAUGCUUUCGAAGAAAUAAUAGAAGCAGUAGGUCGUAGUAGAGUAGGUCCUAUUAAUGAGCGUUGUUAUAAUUUUCUUGGUCGUUGCGUGGAACGAAUUAUCAACAAUGACAAGACUGAUUUAAGAUUAGCAAAAGAAGAAGUCCAACGACUUAAAGAAGAAAAGAAAUUAGAGGGAGGCUGGAUCCUUGAAUUUGAGAAAAUUAUUAGCAAAGACGAAGAAUUAAAAAACCAAUUACAAGAAAAAGUCUCGGGAAUAAUCCCUGAAAUAAAAAAAGCAGCCUUGGAAUUAAACACCAAGAUAACUAAAUAUGAUCAAUUAAAAUCCCAAUGGCAACAACAUCUUGAACAAGACAAAAAACAAUUACAGGAAGAAAUAAUUAUUUUGGAGAAGAUGAUUAAUAAAACCAAUCAGGAAUAA